AUGAUUAAAGCAAUAGAUAAAGAAUCAAUUAAUAAUAUUUGUAGUGGACAAGUUAUUUUUGAUUUAUCAAUAGCAGUAAAAGAAUUAAUUGAAAAUAGUAUUGAUGCAGGUGCGACUACAGUAGAGAUUAGAUUAAAAGAGUAUGGUGAGGAGUUUAUUGAAGUAAUUGAUAAUGGUAGUGGUGUUGAACCAAGUAAUUUUGUAGCACUAACAAUGAAACAUUGUACAUCUAAACUUGAAAGUUUUUCAGAUCUAUUAUCAAUUGAAACAUAUGGUUUCAGAGGUGAAGCAUUGAGUUCACUAUGUUCAUUAUCAAAUUGUAUCAUUACCACUAGAACAAAGAAUCAAGUCACUGCACAAAGAUUAGUGUUUGAUAAAGAAGGUAAAAUUCAAACACAAACACCAGUAGCUAGAGAGGUUGGCACAACCGUUCAGUUGAGUAAUCUUUUCAAAGGUUUGCCAGUGCGUUAUCAAGAGUUUAAAAGAAAUAUAAAGAAAGAGUAUGCAAAGUUAUUAACGAUCCUGCAAGCUUAUGCAUUGAUUUCAACCAAUACUCGUAUCACAUGCUAUAACCAAGCUGGUAAGUCACCAAGGUCAUGUGUAUUAUCAACUACGAGUGGUUCAACGAUACGUGAUAAUUUAAUCAACGUUUUUGGUACGAAAAUGAGUCAAUCAUUAGAUGAAUUCACUGCUUCUGAUUCUUUAUUUAAAGUUAAUGGUUUAAUAUCAAAAAUUGGUAUUGGUAGUGGUACUGGUCAAUCAAUUAGUAAUAGUAGUAGUAGUAGUAGUCAAUCAUCAUCACAAUUAUCGUCAUCAUCAUCAUCAUCAUCAUCUUCACAAUCAUCACAACUUUCAAUUGGAUCAUUAUCAAGAAGUUGCGCAGAUAGACAAUUCUUUUUUGUAAAUAGUAGACCAUUUGAACAUAGUAAAUUAGCAAAAGAAAUUAAUUCACUUUAUCAAAGUUUUCAUAAAAGAGGUUCAUAUCCAGUGGUUAUAUUUAAUAUUGAAAUGCCAACUAAUAAUUAUGAUGUAAAUGUUACACCAGAUAAAAGAACUAUUUUCAUUCAAAAAGAACAACAAUUAUUAUUAUUAAUUACUGAUGGUUUAAAGACAAUGUGGGAAACUGCUCAAAGUGUUUUCGAUACAAAUCAAUUAGGUCAAUUUACUUUUAAUGAUGAAAAUGAAAAUGAUAAUAGUAAUAAUAAUAAACAAUCAAAAAUUUCAUCAUUUCCAAAUUUAUAUACAUUAAAAACUGAAGAAGAUGAAAAUAAUAAUAAAAUAACAACACCAAUUAAAAAACAUUCAACAACAACAACAACAUCUUCCUUGAAUUCACCAAGUUCAAAUAAAAAGAGCAGUAAUAGCACAAGUAGUAGUUCAAGUAGUAAUAAUAAAAACAAUAGAAAUAAUCUAGAAGAGGAUGGUGAUGAUUCUUUUGAUAUUACAGACCAACAACCAUUAAAAAGAGCGAAAUAUGAUGGAAAUUAUAAUAAUAGUAAUAAAAAACCAGAAUUACCAAAAACACCAUAUCCAAAUAAAAAGAAAAAUAAUGAAAAUGAGGAUGAAGAUGAAGAUGAAGAUAAUUAUGUUCAACCAGUAUUUUCAAAUGUAAAUAAAUCAAAGAAUAGUAGUAAUAGUGGUAGUAGUAAUAGUUUAGAUGAUAUAAUAGAUGAUAAUGAAUUCAUUAGUCGUAGCAAUGGUAAUAGUUCAAACUUUAUGGAUGAUUUUGAAUUUAAAGGUAGUAGUAAUAAUAUUGGUAGUAGUAGUAAUGGUAUUAAACUUAAAACAAUUAGUAAUAAUAAUAAUAGUAAUAAUAGUAAUAAUAGUAAUAAAAUAAUCGAUGAUAUAAAUAAAACAAUUGAUAAGAUGAAGCAGCAACAACAACCACAACAAAAGAUGGGUUUGAAUGACGAUGGCGAUGAUGAGGAACAACAAAAACAAAAACAACAACAACAGCAACAAAAAAGAAAACAACAACAACAACAACAACAAAUUGAAGAAGAAGAAGAAGAAACUAUUGAUGGAUAUAAACAAAAGAAUUCAAAAACAUUUGAUAUAACAAUUAAAACAGAUUUAAAUACAAUUAGUAAACAAUAUUUAAUUAGAAAUGGUACAUUUGAUAAAGAUAAUAAUCCAAUUAUACCCAAUACAGCUUUAGUGGUUAGUAAUGAUGAUAUGGUUGUUAAUAAUAAUAAUUCAAAUGAAUUUGAUCAAAAUUCAAUAAUAACGACAACAUCAGAAAAAUGUUGUAUUGUCGAUAAAUCAAUACCACAAUUGGAUGGUAAAUUCUCAACUUCAUUAGGUGGUAUUGGUGCAAAACAACAGCAGAAAGCAGCUACUCAAGUAACAUCACAACUACAACAGCAACCAUCACAAACAAAUCAAAAAACAGCAGAAGAAGAAUUAACAAAAUUUUUCAAAAAAGAAUACUUUAAACAAAUGAUAGUGAUUGGUCAAUUUAAUCUUGGUUUUAUAAUAGCAAAAUUAGGUAAUGAUUUAUUUAUAAUUGAUCAACAUGCAGCCGAUGAAAAAUAUAAUUUUGAAAUACUUUCAAAAUCUGUUGAAUCAAGUAUAAAUAGUCAACCAUUAUUAAAACCCGAUACAUUGUCAGAUUUAACUAGUGAGGAGGAAUUAAUUAUCAUUGAAAAUGUUGAUUUGUUUAAAAAGAAUGGUUUUAAAUUUAUAAUUGAUCAUGAUGCACCAACAAGAUUUAAAAUUAAAUUGUCAGCUUUUCCAAUAAUUCAUGGUCAAUCAUUUGGUAUUAAAGAUAUUUAUGAAUGGAUAUUUAUGAUUAAAGAGAGUUCAAUACCAGGAUCAGUUAAUAAAAUACCAAGAUUAAAUUCUUUAUUGGCUUCAAAAGCAUGUAGAAAAUCAAUUAUGGUUGGUACCACUUUAACUCAUAAAGAAAUGAAAGAUGUAUUAAAUAAUUUAUCAACACUUGAUAAUCCUUGGUGUUGUCCACAUGGUAGACCUACUAUGAGACAUUUAGUUGAUCUUUCAAUUAAAGAUAAAUUAAAACAACAACAACAACAACAACAACAAAAACAACAACAACAACAACAACAAUAA